AUGCCCCGCGUCCGCGUCGAUGCCCGCAGUCACCUCACAAUCGCCGUGACCGAAGCCCUGUCGUGGCAGCAUAGGAGCUCCGCUCCCUCGCGCGCCCACUCGCUGCAGUCGUCCUCUGCCGUGAGCCCCUCGCACGUCCACGUGUGCCGCCGCGCCCGCCUCCACCUGGCCGCGCCCGCGCUCUGCCGGAGCGCGCCCGCACCCGCGCCUGCUAACCUUCAUGUGCGCGCUCACAAGCCAUACGCUGUGCCCUGGCCUCGCCCCUGCCUCCCCCUACCACAGCUGCCCUGCUCCCUCCCCUCGCGCUCGCUCGCGCCGACGCGGGCCCUGGUCGCCCGUCGCCCCGCACCGGCCACGCCUACCCCGCGCCCUGCCGUGUCGCGCCGACCGCGGCUCCCCGACAGCCCCUGCUCGCUCCGCUCGCCGGCCCUUGCUGCUGCUGGACCAGCAGCGGCCGCGGCCACAGCCGCCGGCGCCGGACCCCAGCGCCCGCGCGCCCCCUUUCCCCCGGGUUCUGCUAGGCGCGGCGCACGGCGGGUGCUCCUGCCCGCGCCCGGUAGCCCGCCCCAUUUGGCUCUGGGCCUAUGGCAAACGGGCCCCACGCCCUGGAGAUAA